CAAGAUGGCGGCGCCCACGGAGCCGCCGCCGCUGCCGCCGCCUCAGGGCCGGUUCCGCACCCGGGACGUGCUGGUGCCCGGCGGCCCCUCCGAUUUCGGGUCUCUCUUGCUGUCCCCGCCGGUGCUGGCGGGGCUGGAAGCGGCCGGCUUCCUCCGGCCGUCGCCGGUGCAGCUGAAGGCCAUCCCGCUGGGGCGCUGCGGGCUGGAUCUCAUCGUUCAGGCCAAGUCCGGCACCGGCAAAACAUGCGUGUUCGCCACCAUCGCCCUGGACGCGGUGCUGCUGGAGAGCCCCGCCACGCAGAUCCUGGUCCUGGCGCCCACCAGGGAGAUCGCGGUGCAGAUCCACGCCGUCAUCACGACGAUCGCGAUAAAAAUGGAAGGCUUGGAAUGCCACGUGUUCAUCGGGGGGACCCCGCUGAACCAGGACAAGAGCAGGCUGAAGAAGUGCCACAUCGCUGUUGGCUCCCCAGGUCGAAUCAAACAGCUCAUAGAGCUGGACUACCUGAACACAGCCAGUAUCAGGCUCUUCAUCCUGGAUGAGGCAGACAAGCUCCUGGAGGAAGGCAGCUUCCAGGAGCAAAUCAACUGGAUUUACUCCUCACUCCCAGCCAAUAAGCAGAUGUUGGCUGUGUCAGCGACUUACCCCGAGUCCUUGGCUCGUGCUCUGACCAGGUACAUGAGGGAGCCAACCUUUGUGAGGCUGAACCCCACUGAUCCAAGCCUCCUUGGGCUGAAGCAGUACUACAAAAUUGUGAAUUCCCAUCCACUUCCACACAAAACAUUUGAGGAAAAAACCCAGCACCUGCAGGAGUUGUUCAGCAAGAUUCCAUUCAAUCAAGCCUUAGUCUUCUCAAAUUUGCACAGCAGGGCUCAACAUCUGGCUGAAAUCCUGACAUCCAGAGGCUUCCCUGCUGAGUGCAUUUCAGGCAACAUGAAUCAAAACCAACGACUCGAUGCUAUGGCCAAAUUAAAGCAAUUCCACUGUCGAGUCCUGAUCUCCACAGACUUGACAUCCCGUGGAAUUGAUGCUGAGAAGGUGAACCUGGUUGUCAACCUGGACGUCCCUGUGGACUGGGAGACCUACAUGCAUCGGAUUGGCAGGGCUGGGCGCUUUGGCACUCUGGGUUUGUCUGUGACCUACUGCUGCCGUGGGGAGGAGGAGAACACGAUGAUGAAAAUUGCUCAGAAGUGUAAUCUGCAGCUCCUUCCUCUGCCAGAGCCAAUACCUCCUGGAAUGAUGGAUCAGUUUGAAGAUGGGGAGGUGGAAGUUAAACCUGCUGUACUUCCAGGACCUUUGGUGAAUUGUGACACUGUGUGUCUUAAACCAGAGGAACCAGUGCUGCAGCCUGUCCAGAAUAGUUUUCCAGAGGCACCUCAGCCUCUCUCCAGUCUUCCAAGGGAUAAUUCUGCUGCAGAAAGGCCAAAAAAGUCUCAGAAGCAAAAGCAGAUAAAAAAGUGCACAAAUCCUGCAAAUAAAAAUAGUAGAACCCCCCGAACUCCCAGUUGUCACACAGAGCAGAGGAAUCAAGUGAAAAGUGUCUCCAGGACAGAUGGACAUGACAACACUCAGGCUCCAGAUGAGGAGGCCUUAAAAAAAAACCUUCCCAAAAUUCCAUGCUUGUCUUCCUUCAAAAACCAGCUCAACAAUCCCUGGAGCUUCUCAGAAUUUGUUGAGGACUACGAGUAUUUCAUGAAAGAAGGAUCUGAGAGACAGGUGGAAAUUUUGAGGAGCUAUUCAGGCCCAGGAGAGCAACGUGAGCUCCCCAGGAACGGGGAUGUGGAGUGGGAAGAGAUGGGACAUCCCACAGAGACAGCAGCAAACGGUGACAUUUCUGGUGACAGUGAUGGUUCAGACACUUCCAGGGAUUCCUUUAGUAGUAGGGAGGAUAAUUCAUGCUUUGAAGCAUUUUCCAGGGCUUCCUCUAAUGGCAGGGAGAACAACUCAUGCUUUGAAGCAUUUUCCAGGGCUUCCUCUAAUAGUAGGGAGAACAACUCAUGCUUUGAAGGAUUUUCAGACACACAGGAGAGAAAUGCUGUCCCCAAAAGGCAUCAGGGUCGUUCAGGCUUCUGUCCUACACCAGAGAAGCCUCAGGAGCCAUCCCAGGUCCCAAAGCAAAAGGAAGUGACAAAGAAAGUUCUGAAACAAAAUACUAAACAAAAGAAAAGCCACAACCAUCAAUUCUCGAGUUCUUCCCCGAGGAAAACUGAAGAGGACUGGACCUGCAGCUCCUGGGAUGAUGCUCCAUCUGAGGACUGGAGUUAUGAGGACUAUUGGAAAUGUUAUAAUGAAGCUUGGCAGAGCUACUAUGCAGCAGUGUCUCACUACAGGGAGAGUUACAGGCAGUUCAGCUGGAUGAGGGCCUACCACAUCAACUCUGUGUAUCUCCAGGAGCUCCUGAAAAGUGGGGAUUGAUGCCCUGCUGCUGCUGGUUGGGGCCAGCAAUGGACAUGACCCGUGAAAACUCUGCUGGUCUGGAGGACGUUGACAGACAGACAUGGUUGGGGAUUGAAGAAAAAUGUUGUCUUUUUGUAAGCAGCUGUGUUUUGGUAAAUGUUUUACACGAGUCCAGUGAUGGUGUUACAAGUUGGUAAUAAAAGGAAAAGAAAGGCAGUUGGAUGCUCUGUU